AUGGCGAUGGACUUGGGCGACUAUUCCUGUGGCUUUCGCCACAGUGAAGUAAUUAGAUUUAUUAACAAUGAAAUCCUCAAGAACGGAGGUGGGCCCGAAUUUUACAUGGCUUUCUGCAUGCGGCCCUGGAAUGAGAUAGAAGACCAACUUCGCGCCAUUUUGAUUGAUCCUUGGGUGCCACGUUCUCUCAAAAGGGCCUAUACCUGGAGUGCCCUGGCACUGGGUGUGCGAAUAGCUACAAGGCAGCAUGGGACGCAGGGUUAUAUGGUUGGGUUGCCACAGGAUGCGUUGGGGCAGUGCCUCUCAGCUCCCAGGGCCUCAGUAUCAGAGUUGUGGCAGCUCCGUCGACAGCGAGAUGAGGUGGUCACCCAGUUGAUUUCUACUCAAGCCGCCCUACAGCAGGCAAUGAGGGAAUGUGAUCUGUUGCGUUGGAGGCUGUACCAGGUUGAAAGAUCGGUCCGGAUGGCUCCUCUGGGUCAUGAUGUAGUGCCUGGUAUUCAAAGCCAACAAUUUGGGGCUUCAGUGGUACCCCUGAGUCCAGAUCAUGCAAGAGUUAUGGGUGCCAUGGGGGCAUUCGACAGACAGUAUUUGGCAGCACAAAUGUCAUCUGCAGCAAAUGCCUUUUAUAUGCCAGGAGGCACGAGUCCCUGGCCCGUGGCCGUGCAACCAACUGUGCCAGUCCCAGUGCCAUAUCAGCUCCCAGCACAUCCACCAUUCCCAAUGGGAUCUCCAUUCUUGAUGCCCUUCUCACCUUCAAUAGUCAUGGGAACAGAAGCAGGUGUUGUAGUUCUAGUUCAGAUGCCUCCUGUGUAUGCUUCUGCUCCUUUUGCUGCACCAUGCUGCCAGGGUCCAGUUAAUCAGUGGGAUCAGAGAUGGUAUGUGGCUCCUGAAGGUCUUCUGGCCACCCAGAGUGCUGUACCCACAGAGGACAUCAGAGACACCAGCCAGGAGGGAAACUCAGAGAUGUGCCAGGGGACAAAUACCUUGGGAGACAUCAGAAGCCACAUUCAAGAGCAAGAUCCACUUGGAACCCAGGAUAGGGCUACCCUAGUGGACAUGGAAAAUGAUAGUGAAGGAGAAAAUGAAGAACCAGAAGCAACAUCAGCAGUAGCAGCAGAAGCAGCACCGGGGGAAACAGAAGAAGCAACAGAUGCAGCUGAAGAGGCACAUGAAGAGGAGGAAGAGGAGGCAGCAGAGGAAGAAGAAGCAUAUGACAACGAUGGAGAUCUUCAGAAUCUCCAGGAACUACACCCUCCUGAGCAAGGUCAACUCCCUAGCCAAAGUGAAAGUAGUUCCCAGGCAUCAGCUCCAGCUUCCUUGUACUCCAGUAGCUGUCAAUUCAAGGAAGAAGGUGUGGAGCAUGUCCCGCCAACUCCUGUGUGGAAGAGCUGGAGCCAAGCUGUGAGAGAAGGCCCAAAGAAACAGCAACCUCAACUGUCGAGGAAGGACAAGAAGCCAGAAGUGGAAGCAGCUUCAGAAUCCCAGCCCAGCUCACACUCUCGGAAGGAUUGGGUCUGCCCAAGGUGUAAGGCUACAAAUUUUUCAUGGCGCAAAGCAUGCUACAAAUGCAAGAAAAUUUGUAUGCCCCCUGAGUGUAGAGGACAAUCUUACUGA